UUAUCAUGUUGUUUUGUUGUACUGUUUCAAAGUUUAGGUCUAAGGUCAAAAAUUAAGUUUAUAACUACAAAAAGUGAAGAAUAAUCUGUAAAUUAGUGCGCAAAUUAAAAUGGCCCUAAAAUUAUACUAUGACCUCAUGUCACAACCUUCUAGGGCUCUAUAUAUUUUAUUAAAAACAGCUAAGUAUAAUUUUGAACCAAAACCAGUGAAUCUACGAGGAGGGGAGCAUUUUACGGAAGAAUAUGCGUCAAUAAAUAAGUUUAAAAAAGUUCCCGUUAUAGACUAUAAUGGUUUUAUAUUAACAGAAAGUAUAGGAAUCAUAAGAUUUCUGUCGCGUGAAAACAUUAUACCAAAGAGCUUAUAUCCAAUUGAAUCUAAGGCACAAGCAAGAGUAGAUGAAUAUCUAGAAUGGCAACAUGUCGGACUCAGGUUACAUUGCGCUAUGUACUUCCGAGUAAAGUACUUAACACCAAUAACAACGGGAGAACCAGCAGAUCCCAAGCAAUUAGCAGGCUAUGAAAGGAGAAUGUUCAACGCAAUACAAGAGUUUGAUACUCUGUGGUUGGGGAAACAUGAGUUUGUUACUGGCAACAAUAUUACUGUGGCUGAUUUGUUAGCAGCAGUUGAAUUGGAACAACCAAGAAUGGCUGGUUUUGAUCCCGCUGAGAAGUUUCCUAACAUAGCAGCUUGGUGGCCGAAAGUAAAACAACAUUUCAACCCUUAUUAUGAUGAAGCCCAUGUUAUAUUGAACAAAAUUGUUAAAAAGAAUUUAACUGCUAAAUUGUAGACAAAGCAUGGUGUAUUUAUUAGUUAAGUUGACAAUAAUAUAUGUUUAUUUUUUUUUAAGAAAGUCUUCUUGUCUUUUAAACUUUGUGAAGAGGUUUUUGUUUUUAUAUCAAAUUAUUUUUUAUUAUUAUUGUGUUUUUCUAUAUUAAUUAUAUACAUUUUUAUUGAGAUUUUUUACUGUGAUUUUAACGAUUUUGAUACAAUUUUUAUGAAAAUAAUUAAUAAGCAGUUGAGUCAAUGUGACAAUUUUUUUCGCAUUUUGUAUUAACGAGAAUUUUUAAUUUACAUACUUAGGUAUUGAAUAAUUUCGAUAGUAUUAAUAUCUGAACAUUCCAAAGUCUAAAAGUAGAAAUGAAUGCAUUGUAAAAUUAAAAUCGUAAUAAAAUGCGAUUGGUGGAAGGAAGUUUGUAAAAUAUUGGUAAAAGAUAAUGGUGCUUGUUUAUAUCUUUUUAAUAGUUAAUGGUGUUACUUAUAUAAAUGUGUAAUAAAUUU